AUCUAUAGAAUAUUCGAGCAACCUAAGUGCAUGACAUUCGAAAUGACAAAUGACGUCUUAUUCGUUUAAUUUCGUGUAUUGGGGCCAACUGUCAAAUGAAACGAUAGCAAUGUGCUGCGAUCAAAUUCAAUAUACACUUCAGCCAAGAAUUCAUAAAUUUUAAUCUUUUUGUUGUAUGCAUAUUUUACGAAACGUUAUUUCAAAAUUGGCGAAAUCCGGGAAAAUUAUGAAAUUCAUCGAUAUUGGUGCUAAUUUAACGGAUGGAAUGUUUCGUGGAGUGUAUAAUGGAUCGCAGAAGCAUCCAGACGAUUUAGAUUUAGUUUUGGAAAGAUCAUGGUGCACUGGUCUAGAAAAAAUUAUAAUCACAGUCGGCACAAUCACGGACACAGAAGAUGCGGUUAAAAUUGCGGAAAAAGACGAUCGUUUAUACUUUACAAUGGGAUGCCAUCCAACUCGAUGCAAUGAAUUUGAAUCAGAUCCGGAAAACUACUAUUCACAACUAUGCACUGCCAUUGAAAAGCAUCGUGAUAAAAUUGUGGCCAUUGGUGAAUGUGGCUUAGACUAUGAUCGACUACACUUUUGCAAAGCUGACGUUCAACGAAUAUACUUUGAAAGACAAUUGGAUCUUGUCACGAAAUACAAAUUACCAUUAUUUCUACACUGUCGCAAUUCAUUUGAUGAUUUCUAUGAUAUUAUUCAACGAAAUUUAGCAAAAAUUACAAAUGGCGGAGUGGUACAUUCAUUUGACGGGACAAUCGAACAAGCCACGAAGCUCAUCGAUCUGGGAUUUUAUAUCGGAAUUAACGGUUGUUCGCUGAAAACGGAAGAACAAUUAAACGUUGUGGCACAUAUACCAAACGAACGAAUUCUAGUUGAAACUGAUUGCCCAUGGUGUGCGAUAAGACCUAGUCAUGCGGGAUCCAAAUUCAUCAAAACCAAAUGGUCUACAACAAAAAAGAAGGAUAAAUGGUCAAAGGAUUCAUUAAUUGAUGGACGCUAUGAACCGGCACAAAUAAAACAAGUUCUAGAGGUUAUUGCCGGCUGUAAAAAUGAAAAUGUAGAUUCAUUAGCCGAUCAGUUCUAUGAAAACACGAUAAAAUUAUUCUUCGGCAACACAUCGAAUAAUUAAAACAUAUGAGUGUAUUAAUUGCCGUGAAGAUAAAAUAAAAGAAUACUUCAAAAUCAACAA